GGUGCUCGUUGCUGCGCAGCUCCUGCUCCCAAACAAAGCACAUCUCGACGACCACGACACUCCUUGCCCUCUGGCAGUCGACAACGACCGCUGCGGCCUGCAGCAUUUGCGAAAAAGUACUAACCCAACCAGCAGCAACACCACGGCCCGUGCCUCAAAUUGCAUCCAUAAAGCCUGGUGUCCUCAGCCUCUGUCGCCCACAUAUCGCGUCACCAUGUCUUCGUCGUCGGCGCUCACAAAGACAGUUUCGACUCCGGUCAAGGCCGCAGCAGCGGCCCCGACAGAGAGCCCAGGGAAAUGGCGGCAUCCUCGGCUGGAUGAAAUCACGCGGAGGCAGGAACAGACAAGCUUCUCAGAAAAGAACGUCCGCUCCAUCACCAUCAACCUUGGCGUGCUGGUCGCGCUCUUCGCGACCAACACCUUGCUGCACAAGCUCUUUCCUUCGACAAAGAGCUUCCUGCCUCAAUCCCUCGCCAUCUCGCAGUACUCGGGGCUUAUAUGGAAAGCCAUCCUCGUGAUUCCAGUUGUCCAGAUCCUCAUCAACCUGCUACCUUUAUGGCGCAAGCCCGACGAACUUGCCGACAUUCCCUUGACGUCCGCUCAGCGCCAACUACUGGGUCUCCCCCCUUCCUCCGCGCCGCCGACCCCUGGGUCCGUGUACAGCACGCCUCCCAGAUACUCGCGCACGCCAUCCAUCUCGGGCUCUGCGAGCAGCAAGCGCAGCUUCUCCGGCUCUCCCCAGUCGAACCGCGCCACGCCUUCGAAGUCCGAGUUCGGCAGCCCCCUCACAAGCAGCGGCAACGGCCUCAAGGCCAGCAUCCUCGGUUCGCCGAGCAGCCCCCUGCUGCACAAAGCGAUUGGCGGCGCGCGCCGCUCGUCUCUGGGCGGCAGCAUGGGCCCGCCCAGCCCCCUGGGUAUCAGCACGGCCUCUUCGAUCUUCGGGAGCGGCGGGCCCGAGAGCCCGAGCCCUACUCCUACGAGCGGCAAGCGAAGCACUGUUGGUCUCAACAACAAGUGGCUGUACGAGAAGGGCCGGGAUCGGCGCAGCUCGGGGAACAAUUGGCUGCUCUCUUAAGGCAAGGGCACGUGUUGGGUGGGGGAGUCUUAAUAUGUGAUGCUACACAAGGCGAGGCGUUUUAGGCGCAAAUAGGGCGAGUCACGCGCGCGUGUAAUUAUAGACAAAUCCAGCAGCGCGCAGCUUUUGCGAGAUAAUGAGCAGCAUGUUUUGAAAUGGAUGAAUCAAUCGUAGGGAGCUAAGCAACAGCACAGCAGCAUUUCACGCUAUCCUUCCAUCUCGAAACACAC